UCAUCCAUAGACGGCGGGGAGACUCGGAAUCCGAUAACCUCGUCCAGAAGGAAGCAGAGCAGCUUCGAGUCUUCAACCCUGCUCGCAAAUCUUUUCAAAACCCUAAAUUACUCUCUUUGUCCAUUCGUGUUAUACGUUUCCUAACUUUCCAAGACUCCAAUGGCAUGAAUGAAGAAGAUAUGGACUCGGUCCAAACCCUGUCGCUACCAUCUGACCUGUCGCCGUCUGCAUUUACUUUUCUCAAUGCCAAAUUUCACACCAAAGAUAAUGUCGACGAAGCUCCGAGUUUGGUUUCGGAGCUACAAACUCAGUGCUCUGAUCUGGAUCAAGCUUUGGUCGAAUUGAAUCGGAGACUUGGAGCGGGCCUUGUUGCUUAUUCUUCCUUCUCCGGCCAAAUCCACGAUCUCUUCAACGAUGUCAAUGCAAAAUUGACCGUUUUUACGUCCAGUUGCUCAUCCAGUAUUAUACCUGAUGGACCCAGUGGGGAGAAGAAUUUCAGGGAGGAACUUCCGGCCUUGGCGAAGGAAGUGGCGCGCUUGGAGACUGUUCGUGUCUAUGCGGAGACGGCACUGAAACUAGUCUCGUUGGUUGGUGAUAUUGAAGAUGCUGUAUCAUAUACUAUGAACAAAAACCUAAGGAAGCAUUCUUCUUCCCAGAAUUCAGAUGAAUUGCGUCUGCUGGCUAUUAAAACGCUUAAAACGACAGAAGAAGUGUUAGCUACAAUUACAAAGAGACACCCUCAGUGGAAGCAUCUGGUAUCAGCAGUUGAUCACAGAGCAGAUCGAGCUCUAGCCAUUUUAAGGCCCCAGGCAAUAGCUGACCAUCGGGCCCUUCUUGCUUCACUUGGAUGGCCUCCACCUCUCUCUUCUUCGGCAUCAGAUUCAAGGAGUGUAAAUGAAGUUUCAAAUCCUCUAUUGAGUAUGCAGGCAGAUCUUAAACUCAAGUACUCAGAAAAUUUUCUUGCCUUAUGCAGCCUACAGGAGUUGCAAAGACAAAGGAAAGCUAGGCAACUUGAGGGCUAUGAUCUGAAAGUUGCUCAGGACCAGCCACUCUGGGCAAUUGAAGAGCUUGUGAAUCCCAUUUCAUUGGCAUCCCAACAGCAUUUUUCUAAAUGGGUUAAUAAGCCAGAAUUAAUAUUCACUCUUGCAUAUAAAAUCUCAAGGGAUUAUGUUGACUCCAUGGAUGAAUUAUUACAGCCAUUGGUUGACGAAGCAAAGCUAGUUGGGUAUAGUUGUAGAGAAGAAUGGAUCUCAGCAAUGGUAACCUCCUUAUCAACGUACUUGGCAAAAGAAAUAUUUCCCAUUUAUAUAAACCAACUAGAGGGGGAAAGUGCUACAAGUUCUCUAUCAUCUGCUCGGAUUUCAUGGUUGCAUCUUAUUGACCUGAUGAUAUCUUUUGACAAAAGGAUUAAGUCCCUGGUAGAGCAUUCUGGGAUCUUGCUGUCCUUUGAAGAGGAUGGCAUCUUGCAGAAAAUUUCUUCUUUCUCUGUUUUUUGUGAUCGACCAGACUGGCUUGAUCUUUGGGCAGAAAUAGAGCUCAAUGAUGCCCUGGAUAAGUUAAAAUCUGUCACAGAUGAAGAGAAAAACUGGAGGAAGCAAAUUGAAGGAGUUGUUUUGUCAUCAUGUACUGAUGGUUACAAGUCUCCUCUGGUUUCCAAUGCUUUUCUUCGACAUCUAGCAUCUCUAAUUGAUCGCUGUAGAUCAUUGCCUAGUGUCACUCUGAGGUCAAGGUUUCUCAAAUUAGCGGCCGUUCCUAUUGUAAGAAAUUUUUUUGAUUGCAUACUUAUCCGCUGCCAGGAGGCUGAGGGAUUGACUGCCUUAACUGAUGAUGAUGCCUUAAUCAAAGUUGCAAUUUCCAUCAAUGCUGCUCAUUACUUUGAGUCUGUUUUAAGGGAAUGGUCUGAGGAUGUCUUUUUCCUUGAAAUGGGUAUGGAUCAGGAUGAUAAAGUUGAAUUACCAGUUAACCCAGAUAGAGAUAACGAAGGACUGUCAGAGAGUCGCCAAAUAUCUAUCUUUGACGAGGACAUAAAAAAGUUGGAGGAGUUUAGAAAAGAGUGGGUUGAAAAGAUAUCUGUAGUUAUUUUGAGAGGCUUUGAUGCUCGUUUGCGAGAAUAUGUGAAGAAUAGAAGGCAAUGGCAACAUAGUGAAGAUGGCUGGACUAUAUCUAAGACUCUAAUUGAGGCUCUGGAUUAUCUACAAGGUAAAAUGUCAGUAGUAGAAAGAAGUUUGAACAGUAGAGAUUUUGUUGGGGCCUGGAGAAGUUUGGCAGCUGGAAUAGAUCGAUUAAUUUUUACUGGUAUCCUUAUAGGCAAUGUCAAAUUUCACAACGGCGGGUUAGAAAGAUUUGGUAAUGAUUUGGGUGUUUUAUUUGGCGUGUUUGGGGCAUGGUGUUUGAGGCCAGAAGGCUUCUUUCCAAAAGCCAGUGAAGGUCUCAAGUUACUGAGGAUGGAAGAGAACAAAAUGCAUGAAUGUUUGGCUGGUGGAAAGAAUUGGUUGAAGGAGAAUGGGAUCAGGCACUUGACUGUAACUGAGGCAGAAAAGAUCGUGAAGAGCAGAGUGUUCACGAGUUGAAGCUUCUGGGAAAAGGCUCUCUGCAUUUGAUUUCAUUUUCAGUGCAUGCACGGCGCAGCAGAGUUGGAUAAGGACAGUGGUGAUACAUAUGAAGAUUUAGAUGGAGACCAUCAAGUGCAAGGCCAAUGCUGAACUAAGUCAAAUUCAUGUCAUAAGAAAAAAAAAUUAUUUUGGAAAUUUGCAAUAAACUUAAUUUCCUAGAAUAUUCUUAGCCAUUACAUUAUUCACAUAUCAAGUUAGAUCGAUAUGUAGUAUUGUACAAUGUUUG